GUCGUGUUUUUCCCCUCGCCGAGCUCACUCGCUCUCUCUCUCUCUCUCAUCCUCUGCUCCCUCACACACGCUCUGUUGCUCAGCGGACGGACGAGACCUCCUCCUUUCCGCUUCUGCUCUCCCUGUUUGUUUGUUUGUUUGUUUUUUUCCCACCACAUCGUCUUAUUUCAUCUGUUUCUUUGCCACAUUUCUCCCUCUUUUGCCCCCCCCCCCAGCCACCUGUGCCAGGGGCAUUAGUGGGGGUCCUGGCGUUUGUGUGAGUGUGUGUGUGUGAGUGUGUGUGUGUGGGGCUUCAGCAGCAUGGAAGCAGUGGCAUUGUAUACAUUUCGUGCCACGGAGGGCGAUGAACUCAGUUUCAACAAGGGAGACUUGCUCAAGAUCACGAACAUGGAGGAUGAUCCAAACUGGUACACAGCUGAGCUCCACAACAGGAAGGGCUUUGUGCCGAAAAACUACAUUAACCUGCGGCCACACGCCUGGUUCGCCGGUCGUAUAUCUCGUGGCGUGGCAGAAAGUCGACUCAGACACAGGGAGUGUGGAGCUUUUCUGGUCAGAGAGAGCGAGAGUGCACCCGGGGAGUUCUCCAUGUCCGUCAGCUACGGAGACCACGUUCAGCAUUUCAAGGUUCUGCAGGACCGCUGCGCUCAAUACUACGUGUGGGACGAGGUCUUCUCCUCCCUGAACGAGCUGGUGGAGUUCUACCAUAGCAACAGCAUCGCUAAGGAGAGGACGGUGUUUCUGAGAGACCCCGAGCACUUCGCCAGACGCCCCCACCACGCCCACGCUCUCUUUGACUUCACCCCCCACCAUCCGUCCCAGCUGCGCUUCCUGCGCGGCGACGUCAUCGAACUCAUCGACUGCUCCGAUUCGCUGCGCUGGAGGGGCCGUUGCCACGGACGCGUGGGCUACUUCCCUCCGGAGUACGUCCAGCCCGUCUACCACUGCCAGUGACCCACCGACAUGUGAAACAAACACACGGCCGUCCCUGCAGGUUCGUUGGCGAGCCGCCCCGACCGCACCCAGCAGACACACAAACACAUUAAUUUUUGGAGCGAGCGACCGAGCUGCCACCGAACUGCUCAUUAUGUAACGCCUGUUUCCCUGUGACGUCACCUCUCAGACAAACAUCAGCUGCUCGUCAGUCUCUUCCACCAGAUCCCGCUUCUCUUCAAACAUGUAAAAAAUAAAUGCAGACAUGGACCUACACACUGUGGCGAACUCUCACGUAGACACAGUGAAACACACAUAUACUCAUUUAUUAGAGCUUAUCAGCACCGGUGCAGACUAAACAGAAGUAACGCACACAAACACUAACGUGAUGGAAGGAGGGGAAAAUGAAGUGUGUGUGUGUGGCCCACGGGAGGUUGGGAAGGAAGGGCAGAGUUUUCUCUCCGCUGCAGAUUUGCUCCAGUAUUUUGUCGUCGUUCCCACGAGGAGAUCCGGUGAACUGAGCAGAGAGACACAGAAAGCCAUUGUGUGUUGUGAAUAUCUGGGCCAAACACUCGGAGGAUACUGACACAGCAGAUUCCUCUCUCACCAGGCUGCUGCAUGAGUGCGAGUGUGUGUGUGUGUGUGUGUGUGUGUGUGUGUGUAGAAUGUGAGUGUGGACGCAUGUAAACCUGUAAACUUUACAUGCAUGUAUGCAAGGUGUGUUGCUGAGAGCACGUCUGCAGGAAAUUAAAGACGCUUGUCGUGUGCUUGUAUGUUUGUGUGCAGCCCGGUUACUGUUACAGCGACCAGAGAGAUGAACACUGCCCAGACUUUUUGUUUUAAAAUGCUUUUAAAAAAAUGUAAUACGCUCAACUCCAUUUAUGGAACAUUUGUUUGUUUCUAUGUAUUUAUUCUUAUUCAUGUGUAAUCUUAAAAACAAAUACAUAUACAGCAAUUGAGAUGAAACAUUGUACAAAGGUUUUGUUGCAACAAAAUGUUGAAGAGAACCACAUUUUAUGUGAUUGAACAGUGAGAACAUGGACCGGUCUUCCUUAACCUGUAAUGACAAAUCAUUUCAAUAAAGUGAUACAUUUACCUCUUUGAACCUGAA